GCCAGUGAAAUUACUUCCAUUAAAUUUCAGUAAUAUUUAUAAAUUAUUAGUCAACAUGUCUUUAGAAAUCAAACUUGACCAGGACUUCCUUUUCUACCUAGACUUUGUCAGUACGUACUAUCAGAAGCUAAAAGACGAAAAUUUCCAAACAUUGGCAACAGAGUGGUUAACCAAGUUAUGCAGCGAGCGAUGUGUGGGCAUAGAAAGGAAACGAUGUCGGAAUAUUUAUCUGGCCCAGCUGUUAUUACAAAUGCAAGAAGGAAAACUAAAAGGGGAAUUCCUUAAGAAACCGACAGACGUCGACAUUAUUGGUGCAAUGGACGUCUUUCAGCCCAUACCGGAGGAUCUCGACGAAGCUUGGUCCGAGGAUGUGGACUUUCAAGCGCCACAAGACGUUAUGGAAAGGAAACAAGGAAACACAAUUGUGGCGUCUCGCACAUUGAAAAAUGGCCAAGGUGCAUUCGCCUAUUUGGGAUUGUCGUUGUCAGAAUGCGAGCCCAAAUGGAUGAGUAACGAAGGGGGUGGAGACCUGGCUCCAAUACAAAAGGUUUUGUCCAAGAGAAAGACCCCACAGGAACGACAAAACUGCGUCAACUUCUUCGACGUUUUAUUACAAAGCAUUCGAAAUGAAUUGCAAGGUGAACAAGUCGACGAAAAUGAGGUCGUCGACAACUGCCUGGAGAGCAUGAUCGCCGACCUUCAAGAGAAAAACGAAUACACAUGCUACGCAAACAUGGAAGACAAAGAGAGAAGGACGGAGCUUCUGAAAGUACUACAAGAAAAAGUCAUCAAAACCCAACAACAGGUGUUGAAACGUACCGAGGCCCUGGACAGCUUGGUGAACAAGAUUUACCCCAACGCUCCCACAACCUUCCCUCGUCAAAACGAUCGGUUCUCCACCUGUCCGCCUCCCAGCAAAACUUGCCCCCCGAUUGUGUCCCAUGGACCACCGAUGGGUGCCACCCUUUCGCCUUCGGCCCCGCAACUACCUGACCGUCAGAAAUUGUCCGACCAGCUGUGGGCACAGGCGGCCGCACAGGUACCAGCCAAGAAGAACAUGGUCAAGUUGGUCGAUGUCUAUCCGCAACAACUCAUAGAAAGAUUCUUGGUACUAUUGAGAUACACUAAAGGUAUUUUGCUGGAGAGAUAUCAGAACAGACAUGAGAUGAUCGUUAACCAGAUGCAAAGUGAGCUUUCGGACGCGAUUGUCAAGAAUAUGAUGAAACUUAGCGAAGCUCAAAAAGAACAUGACAAAUUCCACGCAAUAUUGGCUCUGGUUAAGAAGAGGUUCGAAAUUUACCAGAAGAAGUUGUAUGAAGUGCGCGUACCACCUGCACAAGCUAACGAGAAGAGCAUAACUGAAUUGUCUGACAUGAUUAAGCAAAUGUCCAACACAAUAUCGGAAGAAGCUAAGAGAGGCAAAUUGCUUGCAGAAGAGGUGAACAACACUCACACUCAACUUGAUAAGUACAAGUCAAUAUUGAAGGAUAUUAUAAGCAAAUCUGAGCAUAAUAAUAAGAUUGUUGAAGAACAGAUUGCUAAACUGAUGCAGUCUCUGGAGAACAACAAAGAUAAACUUAAGGUUUUGAAGAAAUUGCAUAAACAACCGAAGCAUGCAAGAACAGAAAGCAAGUGCUAAGAUUAAUACUGACAUUUUCGCAACCCUGUUAAUAUUUCAAUACAUUUUUGAUGGGAUUUAGUUUGUAUUUCUGAUAAACAAAUAUAACACUGGUUAAAUUAC